UGGUCCCAGGCUCCCACUCGUGCGCGAGCAAACGAAAGCUUCCUCCCCCUCGCCUCGUUGCCUCCGCCACCGCCGCUCCGACCCCGCAGCAGCCGCCGACCUCCCAGGCCGUCGAUUCCUCCGCUACCAACUCGAGGUUAACACUGCGAGAUGGCGGCAUCCACACUCUCAACUUCAUGCACUCUCAGUACCAACUUUGGCAUUCAAGUCUCCACUGCUGCAGUGAAGAGUCCUUCAUCUGUGAGUUUUGUCAGCCACCCCUCCGUGACCUCUGGCCUGAAAACCUUCAGGAAGCUUGGUCUUGCUGCAAUGGCUGUCUACAAGGUGAAGCUCGUCUCACCCGAAGGGGACGUGCAUGAGUUUGAGGCUCAAGAUGAUACCUACAUCCUGGACUCUGCUGAAUCCGCUGGAGUGGAGCUGCCAUACUCGUGCCGUGCUGGGGCUUGCUCUACCUGCGCUGGCAAAAUUGAGACUGGCAUUGUCGAUCAGUCAGAUGGAUCAUUCCUCGAUGAUGCACAGCAGGCUGAGGGAUAUGUUCUCACCUGCGUGUCCUACCCGAGGUCCGACUGUGUGAUCCAUACCCACAAGGAAGGUGAACUGUACUAGUCAGUCCCAUGGAGACUGAGAUGCAGAUGCACUUGAAGUUGUUAAGGAGCAACAGCCAGCAAAUGCAUUAUGUUAGAUAUCCUGUCAUACAGAAUGCAGCACUGCCUGAGGCAGCCAAUUAAUAGGUUGAGUUUAAACAUGGUGCGCAAAGUUAGCUCAUUCAGCUGUUGAAGUUUUUGGAUGCCUCUGAUAAUAUUGGUGUAGUAAUAAAUAAAAUGUAGAAAAACAAUGUGACUGAAUGUUGCAUGUUGGUAUUGUACUAUGCAUCUUCAUGGAUCUUUUGGCCUUGAAAGUUCCAGCAGCCUGAUCCUCCAAAGUUUAUGGCUC